AAUUAGGUAUUGAAAUCUCAACAAUGUCACAUCCAAGUUGUCCUCGCAGCAAUGUAUCGAAGUUUAAAGCUUAUCAUCCAGAAAAAUAUGUUAUUGAUGAUGUUUCACCAACCUUGUGUACUGAUGAGAGCUUGACUCCGAACCAACCUCCGUCGUUGACUCAGCGCACCAUCGGAAAAUUUCUGCAGCCUUUAACUAGAGAACUGGUAGAGAUACCACCAAGACCAACCAUAGACGAGCUGCCCGAUGCAGUAAUUGAAAAUAUGGUAAAGAAAGACAAAGCAUUUUGGGUUGAUAAACCUGGUGCCAAUGCAUACAAUCUUCACGAUGCCUAUUACAAUUAUGGUAUGACCAGUGAAAAGGAGUCGACUCCUCAUCAGGACGUCUUUCCUCAUUCUUAUCAGUAUGACCUUGACUGCGUUAAGUAUAGACGUAAGCACGCUUGUGAUGGAUUGAAGCAGGCACAGGGAGUACAGAAGCAAGCCGCUGCAUAUUGUCGGGAAUGUGAUAAAAAGAUUGACAUUAAAAUAGCACCAUCUCCAGCGUCCACUUCAGGCUCAACGCAGAAGCGAUGGAGAUAUUAUCCAGACCUGACGAAAACAUUAUCAUCUAAGGAAAUUCGAGAGCUGAUGAUGAAUGAGGUUGGCAGACCGUUUAAGAAUGAAGCUUGUAAUUGGUACAAUCAAAAUUAUCCCUCAGUAAAAUAUGAUUGUAUAAUACGUAAAUUUUCUAAAUAA